AUGAAAUCAAAGUUAUCUCUACUAUGUAAAGAAGAGGAUGAUAAUCAACCAGAUGUUAUUGAUCUAACGACAUCAUGCGCUUACUGGGGUGCAUUUCAAUUUCCUGUUCGACCACCAGAUACAUUCGCUGAUAAUGAGUCUGUGAUAUUAAAUAAACUUCCAACAAUUAAAAAUAUUCCAGGACAAUUGGAAGAGGACGCAAGUGGAUCCACAAGUGCUUUAAGUGGGACAGAAAAAAACAAUAGAAAUGAAGAAUCAGUGACAUCGACUGUGGGCGUUGUUCUUGAUCGUAUUCAGAACAAAAGUCAUAGAAGACAGUCAAAAUACAUGAUGAAGUUAAAUCAUGAUGACGUUUCUGCUAUUCUUCGUCGUAAUUCGUUUACAGCAAACGCAUCAUCUGAUUACGACGUGAUACCGAACACGAGAACAAAACACAGAUAUGUUCGAUCAAAAACAGCUGAUAUUCUUAUAUCUCAUGAAUCAUCAAUAAAAAAUGUUCAACUUGUGUCACGAAGAAAUACACAGAGCGUACAACCUUCAACACAACGGAGAAAUGGUAGUAGAUGGGUAACACUGAAACACAAUUUCUUGCCUGCUAAAUCGAAAAUGAAUCUAACAGAAAAUGUCUACGAGACACCGAUGGAACAACAAUCUUCAUCAUCAUCUCUCGAUUCGAUCGUAGAAAAUAAACAAGGAAAAAAAAACAGUAAAAGUUCAACAUUCGAACGACCAUGUUCAAUAUCAAUACCCAAUUCUUCAACAUCUUAUCUGUCAUCGGUCGAUAAUCCUUUGAAAAAAUCGAAUUCUCCAUUGGUUAAUCGGCAACGAAAUACGUUAAAUGACGCUACUCUAGAGAUAGCAAACGAUACUUCUCUAGCCACGAAUACCAAUCGUCAUCGAUCACCCUUAAAUGAAUUACGAAAUAUUAUACGUCGUAUAGGAUUCAAAAAUCAUAAAAAUAACAAAGAUUCUGAAAUGAUCGAUUUUAAUGAACAGAAAAAGACGUCUAUCAAGAAUCAUCUACAAAAACAACAAGCAAACGAGACUCACGUACAAAUAGCAGAUGUAGAACAAAUGAGUUUUCCAAGAAUUAUAGUUGAACCGUUGAAGGUUAUUUAUACUAAUCCACAGAAUUUUAUCAGUUUUUCGCCUGUUCCUCUAGAACACGCGAAUAUUCAAUUAGAUUUUGAUAAAGUCAUUCAACCAGACAAACGUAUGAUUCAAGAUCAUAGUAGGUAUAGUUUUGAUACGAAUAAUGCUAGAAACCUUUUACGUAAGGAAUCGAUAACAUAUGGAUCUACAACACCAGAUGAUAUGAGUCAAGAUUAUCAAAGAAAAGGAAACUCCGAUACAGGUGGUUAUCGUAAACGUGAUGCUCAAUUACCUUAUGAUCAUCAACAGUUACGUGUUCAUUGGCAUGACGAAAAUAUUCAUCAUACAACCAUGGAACUUGAACAAAUAGUCUCUUGUAGUCUCAAUUUAUCGUCAAAUUUGUUCGAAUUAUCAAACAAAAUUUUAAAUUAUUUACAAAAUGAACUUCAAUUAAAACUUACCGAUUUUUAUUGUUAUCCAAAUUCGUCAAUGAUAUUUCAAAAUGAACAAAAUUUAGAGAUAAUUAAAUAUUCGAUUGAGUUACAAUGUCGUCAAUUUGUUUUACAAUCAAAUUCAUUGGUUAAUGGAACAAUAGAAUCUGUUGACACAUGUAUUUCAACUUUAAUCGAUUUAUAUCGUCGGAUAAACAAAUAUACAAGUAUAGUAAAUGAUAAUGAACAAUCUGUUCAACUUUUGAAAUGUACAAUUCAACUUAUUGAUGUGUUUAAAAGUUGCAUUCAUUCAGCUAAAUUAUUAGUACAUGGACGAUUAUAUGAUGAAAACAUAAGAAUGUUAAUGAGACAAACAUCAACAUUAGCUCAAGUAUUAAAUGAACUAUUAAAAUACUUGAAUAAUUAUAAAAAUUAUUCAAUGGUUAGGUUUUUGUGA